GCCGCGGCGCAGCGGCCGCUCCACGGCCGCCGCCCCUCGCGUUAUGGUAAAGCGGUGCGUGGCCUGAGGUAGUGGUAGACGUCUUACCGGUCUAGGGUUACCGGUUGCGCUACUCGAGAUAACUGCAAGUGGGCAAGUGCCUUCUCGUUGCUGUGUGAAAGAGAUACACAAUGGCUUACAGCGUGACACUGAAUGGACCUGGACCAUGGGGUUUCCGACUGCAAGGGGGCAAGGACUUCAACAUGCCCUUGACCAUCUCCAGAAUCACCCCUGGUGGUAAGGCGGCACAGUCACAGAUGAACCAAGGUGACCUUGUGGUAGCCAUUGAUGGAGUCAACACUGACAGCAUGACCCACUUAGAGGCCCAGAACAAGAUCAAGUCAGCCAGCCACAACUUAAGCCUCACUCUUCAGAAAUCUAAACGUCCAGUGCCAAUUUCAACCACAGCACCAAGAAUUGAUACUCCCAGGGCUGUAAUUCCACACCAGAAGGAACCUGCUUGGGAAAUCAAUGGCAACAGAACAACCUUCAGUCCUCUAACUAACACGGCGACUGGGCCUGUGGGUAGUAUUUUAGCAACCAAUGGAACGUUUUCAGGCUACCUCAACAAGCAAGAGAUCAGCUUUUCAAAUAGCUCUUCCUACUUAAAGACUACCACAGUUAGAUCUUCCAUGUCCUCUCAGUCUGUGACUCCUGACAUUUCACCUGCAAAGAGUAAUCUAGGUUCAAAGCUAAGCCCUGUAUUGACUGAUGGCAAUAGUCCUGUACACCAGAUGAGCCCUGCAAGGCAGUAUAACAACCCUAUUGGCCUUUACUCAGCAGAGACUCUAAGGGAAAUGGCUGAGAUGCAUAAAUUAAGUCUCAACCGAAGGGCUUCGGAAGGUGGACUUCCUAGAGGUACCCUUCCUCUUAAAGAUCCUCACGUAGACAGUGCCUCUCCGGUGUAUCAGGCUGUGCUUAAAACUCAGAACAAGCCUGAAGAUGAAAGUGAAGACUGGAGUCGCCGUUCUGCCAAUCUGCAGUCCAAGUCUUUUCGCAUCCUUGCCCAGAUGACUGGAACGGAGUACAUGCAAGAUCCAGAUGAAGAAGCCCUGAGGAGGUCAAGAGACAAGGAAAAUGUUGCUGCAGCAUCAGAAAACAGGCCUACAGGUACUGCACAUGCGCCACAGUAUGUGACCUCAAGUAUUUGGCAUCCUCCUAAAUCUUGCACCAUGGAUGCCAAAACUGACAAUGCUAAGCCAGUGGCCUCCAAGGGGUCUGUGAGGCUUGGAGCGGGUACAAGCCAGAGGGAGGUCAGUUUCACUACUACUGGCCAGAAAGUCCCUCUUACUUCAUCCAGUCAUCAAAGUACCCCUGUUGAGCAUGCUCCGGUGUCUACCAGUUCUGCCUCUGCUCCUGCACCACAUGCUUCAGCCCAUCAGCCUGCUGCUGCUGCUCAAAAUACAGCCUGUCUGAUGAUGCCACCAGCAACCGCCUCAGUAGUGCAAGAGUCUUUCUCAUCCUCCUUCCAAAGAGUGCCUGCAGCCCCCAGCUCUCUCUCACAGCCUAAGCCUUAUCAUGGGUCCAAGAACAUGUCAGUAGCAGCUUCCACUAUUUCAUCUGCUAUCUCAUCUCAGUCUAGUUUCAACCGGCAUUCUUCCACCUCCAUCAACUACCAGUCAAAGAAGAGAAACACAAGCCAGUCAUAUACUCCAAUGCCAGUUUCAGGAAGCUAUGGUGAAAGCCCUGCUGCUUCUGGUACUUCCAAAAUGAGAGUUGUUACUACUGCCAGCAUAAAGCCUUCUGUCUACCAGCCAGCACCGGCACCAGUUCAUUCCUACACCCCUGCCAACGCUGAGCCUGCAAGUCGCCCUCCCUGGGUAACAGAUGACUCCUUUUCCCAGAAAUUUGCACCUGGAAAAACCACCACCACUGUCACAAAGCACAUCCUACCAAGGGGUGCUCCCGUACCAUCUCCAGCCUCAACUUCUGCUUACCCAUCUCCACUUUCAACUUCUUCCCAAGCUCCUGGCCGAGGAACAGUUCAGAGGGCUGAGCGUUUUCCAGCCAGCAGCCGAACUCCUCUCUGUGGGCACUGUAACAGUAUAAUUCGGGGUCCUUUCCUGGUAGCCAUGGGUCGCUCUUGGCACCCAGAAGAAUUCAAUUGUGCUUACUGCAAGAAAUCCUUGGCUGAUAUGUGCUUUGUGGAAGAGCAGAAUAGUGUGUACUGUGAGCGCUGUUAUGAACAGUUCUUUGCACCAACCUGUGCCAGAUGCCACACUAAGAUCAUGGGGGAAGUGAUGCAUGCCCUAAGACAGACUUGGCACACAAGUUGCUUUGUCUGUGCAGCUUGUAAGAUGCCAUUUGGGAAUAGCCUCUUUCACAUGGAGGAUGGGGAACCUUACUGUGAGAAAGAUUAUAUUGCUUUGUUCAGCACAAAAUGCCAUGGCUGUGAUUUUCCUGUUGAAGCUGGAGAUAAAUUCAUCGAAGCACUUGGACACACUUGGCAUGAUACCUGCUUCAUUUGUGCUGUAUGCCAUGUGAAUUUGGAAGGUCAGCCAUUCUACUCCAAGAAGGAUAAGCCACUGUGCAAGAAGCAUGCCCACGCCAUCAAUGUUUAAAUGGAGUUGGUAGUUAGUAAUGCUGAAAAAAACCCAGAUGGCUAACUGGGCAGUUAUAAAGUUGAUAACCAUGGCUAGCAUUUCUUUUGGUAAAAUCUAGGAAGUUGGUGCUUCUGAAGUUUAACCUCUUUUGUAAAAGCAGGACAUGCUUUUGGAAGGUUCCUACAGAAACCUACUGAAUGAAUAAUCAAAGCAUAUGAACUAGAGCAACAGUUGGGGAAAAAUAAUGCAAUUAACUAAAAACUGGAAUAUAAAAAGUAAUAUGCAAAUACAAUUUCAAAUUAAUUACCCACAGCAGUUUUAUUCCUUAGACCACACACUAGUGUUUAAGAACAACUGGAAAAGACCUUUUGUAAUAAGCCAUUUUCUUUCAUAACAAGAAUGAGUAAGUGCCACAUGUACAAUAAACUGUAGAAACAAAGGCCAUAGGUUUCCAACGAAAAUAAAUAGAUUAGGGUUUCCUCUAUGAAAAGUGAGUGCUAUUCCAUUAUGUUGUGGUGCCACCUCAUAGCAUCAAACAUUUUAGAUUCUUUAUAAAUAUGAAUUCUGCCUUGAAAUCCAUAUGUAGUUGAGAAGCCUAGGAGAUAAACCAUAACUUAGUUUGAAAAUAAAGUGGAAACAGAAUAAUUCCUUCCAUAGCCCAGUAAGACUGAGAAAAGCACGUUGGGUCCAUCUUACUAGCACUUGGCUUAUACAUGCACAAUAGAUUAGUUCAUUUUCAAAUCCUCAUCGAAAAGGACAACUGACUUUCUCCAAAUUACUCCUACAUUGAAUGGAAUAGAACUGGCUGGAAAGGCCAGCUUUUAAUUCAAAACCAGUUUUCCUUUCCUGUUGCUUUGGUUUCUAAUUCCCAUUGGUAUCAGUGGGAAGUAGGAAUCUAUGUAUGGACCUUCAUGUUGAUGAACACAGAAAACAAGCAUCCAUCUAGCACAGCUAGGAAGUGGGAGAUAGCUCACAAAAGUUCCCUACUGUGUCCCAUAUAGUUAGAAAAAGGGUAUCUUUUUCUUUUUUCCCUAAAUUAAUGUCGAUUAAAAAUUCCUAAGGGAGCAUAAUGGGCACACACUCUUCAUCACUUUUACUAGUUUAAAUGUGACACAUCCUGAAUUGUCGUAGUUAUUUGCCACUGUAAAACAGUAGAUAGUAUCUGACAAUGAGGAUAACCAUGAAGUCAUCUUUUCUAAUACUUUUAAAACAACUUUGAAGUUGUCCGAACAGUUAUUUAUAAAUUUUUAUUUUUUUUUAAAGAGCAAUACUUGUACUACUGAUAAUACUUCUGAAUUUUGAAUUCUAAAUAUCAGUGACUUUUGUAUUGGAGAUAGCAGUCUAAGUUAAAAUGGAAGGGCUGAUCGCUACUCAAGUUUUAUUUAUUUCUUUAAGUGAGAAUUAUGAUGCGUGUACUGACAGCCUGCAGCAUUUUGAAUUCACUAAUUUUGGAUUAGUGUUUCUGAGGCUGAGGAUGCAUUCUAUGGGCCACAUUCUGGUGCCAUCUACACCCUAUUUUACUUUUUUUGAGUAACAAGAAAUUGCAGAGCAUUGUCUGCCUUUUCCCUCCUAUGGGUAAUGCCCAUUUUAAGGAAAUGGUUGAGUCUUUAAAGGGAUUAAGAACUACCCAAAGCUUGGGGGCAGAAGAAUAAAAGAAAUUUGGAGCUCUAGUAUGAGAGUUAUGUUAGUUGCAAGCAGUCUGCAUCUUGGACAAAAAUAACAACCUGAACUGCCUGUGGCAGUUUUGAUAUGUAUUACCUGUAAUUUAUUCAGUGGGUAUCUUGGUACCUUAGUUCUCAUUGAUCUUAGCAGUGAUCUGAUCUGAGUGCUACAGGGUUAGAUUUUUGUGUGCAUGAAUUAUUCUAAACCACUAGUACAUUAUAUGCAAAGCCCUUUUUUUAAUAUAACAAGCAAAUUUUCUGUUUUCAGUUGGUGCUGGGCUGGUGUGACUAUGGUUCCAUUGAUCACAAAAUCCAAAGAUCUAGCUCGUAAUAUUCUCUAGAGGAAUAAAUUGUAAUCAUGGAAGUAUUUUUUUCACUCAUAUUUGACUUCAUUGAAUACUUUUUCAUAACAGUGAGACAAUUCCAGAUUUCCUUUUAAUUUUUUGGCUGUAAUUCAACAAAAUGGUGUUUAUUAUUCUCUGUUAUGUAAGAAAAUGCACAUCAGCAUUUUAUAUAUUAAGACUGCAUUGAAGAUUUCUGUGUUACCCACUGACUAGGACUAGUCUCUGACUAUGAGCAUCGAACAGGGAGUCAGGCUCCUUGGGUGGACACAAAAUGCUAAGACUUGUGAUGCCUCAGAAUGUCAUGUGUGAAAUUUCAUUAAUUUUAAUCUGCAUGUGUGUAUAUGUGUGUCUCUCUCCACCUUCCCCCUCAAAGUCCUAAAAGCUCUCUCUUCACUGGUGGUGUAAAGGAAGCAUUUUAGGAGAUGACCAGAGAUGGAGGUAUGCAGCUUAGGCAGGGGUACAGUCUGUGAGGAGAUGGUGGUAGGCAGCACACCUGGGAUUGCCUCCAUGUUCAUGUGGGAGCCCAGAUUGCCAGCUGAAGUGGUCCAGGUCAGCCUGUGAGCUGCUGCAGUGGACAGGGGUGUGGGAGGCAAGAAUCUUAAGUGUGGGCAGGGGAAGGGGGGCUUAGAUCAAAUAAAGGAGAGCACCUGUGGCAGCCAGAAUGUAGGGGCUCUGGGGGCCCCUGGUCGAGUGUGAAAAGAUGACACAUUGAGGAGACUGGAAGCCCUUAGUGAAGCUGAUGUCAGAGGAGGGGGAAUAGCUAGGUAAGGCCAGUUUCACUAAGUUGACAUGUUAGAUAGUUGGGGUGGGGCAGAGGGGUUUAGAGGGUAAUAGCCAGGGUGACUGACUGCAGUCAGGGAAAGGGCUUGAAGCAAGAAAUUAGGGCACAAGUAGCUUGCAAGUUACUUGUAAGCUUGUAAGCAAAGUAAACUUACAAGCUUACAGCCCAGAGAGAUAAUAUGCUUACAGAAAGGGUGAGCAAGGGAAAUACAGGAUCCAAUCUAGUAAAUUCGAGGUCAGUACAGCAGAAAGGUGAAUGCAAUGUCUGUAAGUGUAGCUGAGCUAGCUUGCAGUGUGGCAACAGUGAAAAUGCAGCAGCACUGACUUCAAUGGGAACCGUACUAGCUUGAGAGAGUCCUGAAAAUUUCCUUGGGCAGAUAACCUGCAUUGUAAUACAUGCCCUGACUCCAGCUGGUGUCUGAGCAAGUGAGAUUAAAGCUAGUUUACAUAUCACUAUAUGAGGUACACUGGUAUCUCUGAAUGAAGAACAGAGAUACCCUGAGGAUUAUCAUGUAAUAAAUUUCCUGUUUUGACUUGUGCUGCUUCAUAAUAUGGUCCAAAAAAUAGGGAAUCCACUUACCUGCCCUUGAUAUCUAUAUUACGAUAUAACUUUUGCACAUAUCUGAACCAGAAAUUUGUGAAGAAUAAUGUAGUAUUUUGACUUUCACAGGGGUAGAAUACUGCUGACACUCUUUUGUCACGUCACCUUUGUGAUAUGGAGGGGGAAAGAUGCAUAGACAUAUGUAAUUCAGAAUAGGGCCUUUCAACUAUCACUGAAUGUACACUCUGUACAAAAAUAAGCAAGAUGAAUAAUGUAUACUUGUUUACGGGUUAGGUCUUGUAAUAGAUGCCAGGGACAAGUUCUAAGUUCCUCUAAAUAUUUCUUUUCAUUCAAAUUAAGGUCAGGUUUUACAUAAUAAAGAUACUGUACCCCUGAAUGACCAAAUAAAAAGACCAGUCUUUUAUCUAAUUAAAAAAUGUUCAAUAACUUUUCAGUCAAAUUCUGCAAAAAUGGUCUUAAUGCUUUUUCUUCUGUUCUUUUUGAGGAACAGGGUAAAUAAAAUGUUUCCAAAGAAGACUGCUUUUAUUACCUGAAAAAUAA